GCUAGCUAUAAAUAUUAUUCAUAAUAUAUUUGCUUUGUAAUAAGAGAGGUUUAUUUUUUUUCUUUAAAAACACCACAGUGAACAAAAAUACAUUAUUUAUGUAAUUCGAUGAUGAGCUAAAUAACGAUUUAUGCUUGUUUUAUUUCAAUAUGUAAUCUUGCUACCUAUUUGUAAACUUAUUUAUAAAUUAGCGAGCUAGCCUAGUUAGCUAACUAUAGCUAGCUAAACAAAUGUGUCACGCUCGCUAGCUAGCUAUUGAGAUCAUUUUUGGCUCGCCAACUAAAUAUUCAUGUGAUGCUUUUUCCCCCCCAAAACAUUCUGAAUAAUGUCUAAGUUAAAUUAAUUGUAAUAGUAAAAUUUCAUUUUGAAGAGAUCUGUGGCUAGCCAGUUCACCCUGUUUUGCUAGCUUGCUUGUUUCAGGCGCGCUUUUCUAUGUAACUGCAGCAGCUUAAACUUCCAAGUUUUUGUUUACUAGGCCCGCCUCCCGCCUAGCUCUACAGAACUAUAAAAAAUGUUACACGUAGUUUGCCAUCACCUAGGUCACCUAGGUCUUCGAACGAUUUGGCUACUUUCACGCAUCUCUCCAACGAGCUAAGUUCCCAAUAUUUAGGAUAAUGAAAUUAUGCGCAAGCCAAUUGAACUGAGCACCACCAAGCGAGUGUUGCAAAUUAACAGUAUUGUGGCGUAGAUGGCUAGCUAGCUAGUGCUACCUCUGUAACCAACCAUCUCGCUGUGCCUGUUAGCGAGUUAUGUAGCUAGUCCUCCUUUGGGAGCUCGAGCCCAGCAGGAGAUGCAACUGGUUCUGACGAUCAUGAGUUUGAUCCAUCAGUUGAGAUGCUCAUUCAUGAUUAUGAUGAUGAACGGACUCUUGAAGAAGAGGAGAUGCUAGAGGGUGAAACAAAUUUCAGCACAGAGAUUGAUGACCUUGCUCGAGAGGGAGAAAUGCCCAUUCAAGAACUGUUGAGUAUAUAUGGCUAUGGUGGUGGGGGUUCCCCUGAGGAGGAAGAGGAUGAGGAUGAUGCUGAGAUUGAGGAGGAUGAUGAAGAUGAAGAUGAAGAGGAGUAUGUGGAAAAUGAUGAGACCAGCACAAGUACUGGAGAAUUGAAAAGGAAUAUGGAUGAGAGAGUGAAGGAUUCCUCUGGGCAGGAAGAUGAGACUCAGUCCUCUAACGAUGACCAAACUCCAUUUGUCACCUCGCAUGGUACUGCAGAGUUGAUCCGCCCACGACGGUGCAAGUACUUUGAAAGUAAUGAUGCUGAAGAGGAAUCUGAGGAGGACGAAGAUUAUGUUCCAUCUGAAGACUGGAAAAAGGAGAUCAUGGUGGGCUCUAUGUAUCAGGCUGAAACACCUUCAGGGCUCUGCAGAUACAAAGACAAUGAGAGAGUGUAUGAGAAUGAUGAUCAGUUAUUGUGGAACCCAGAAUUACUACCUGAAAAUGAAGUGGUGGAGUUUUUGACAGAAGCCUCUAAACGCACUGGUGAGGAAAAGGGAGUAGAUGCCAUUCCAGAGGGUUCCCACAUAAAAGACAAUGAGCAGGCCCUUUAUGAAUUGGUGAAGUGCAAUUUUAAUACUGAUGAAGCUUUAAGAAGAUUAAGAUUUAACGUAAAAGCAGCCAGAGAAGAACUGUCAGUGUGGACUGAGGAGGAAUGUAGAAAUUUUGAACAAGGACUAAAAGCUUAUGGAAAAGAUUUUCAUUUAAUACAAGCAAACAAGGUCAGAACUAGAUCUGUAGGAGAAUGUGUGGCCUUUUAUUACAUGUGGAAGAAAUCUGAGCGUUAUGAUUUCUUUGCACAGCAAACCAGACUUGGGAAAAGGAAAUACAAUCUUCACCCAGGUGUAACGGAUUAUAUGGACCGGUUGUUUUACAGGGAUUAUAUGGACCGGUUGUUGGAUGAGACGGAGAGUGCUGCCUCCAGCCGGGCAGCCUCUCCCCCUCCCACUACCUCUAACAGUAGCACCAGCCACUCUGAGAAGGAUGACAGCAGCAACCAGAAUGGCAUAGCCUGUCACAGCACUGGUGAAAGCCCGUCUGCUGCGGCUGAUGUGAAAAGCGAAGGGAUGCAGUCAAACGGACCCGUCCACACCCAGGAGAGCCCUGCCCCUGCUCCUGCUCCGGACAGAGACACUAACGGCUGCACCGAGGCCUUGAGUGAUAGCGGGAAGGGCUCUGAGCAGCUGGAACUCUGUGGCACACAGGAGGACUUGGGUUGCGACAGGCCGCUGAAGAGAUCCAGGACGGAGAAGGACUCGCAGGGGGAGGCAGAUGCUCCCAGCAGCAGGGCUGAGGACGCAUGACCCUACCCUACAAGGGGCCGCAUCGCACUGGGGCUGGAAGACGGGCAGGCCGAUUGUGCGGGAUUUGCGCCCACCAUCCUCCACUUUUAUAUCCCAAAGUAAUGCGUCUUCUAGAACUCCAUAGAGACACAUUAUUUCCUUACGAUAGACCUAUCAAAAUUUGAAAGAAAUGUAUUUCCUAUUUGUUUUACAAAUGGUCGGUUCAUAUUUUUGUAAGUGAAAGAUAUUUAUAUUUUUAUGCAAAGUAUGAUGGUUGGUAUUCUUAAGCCAUUCAACGAGGGGUGGUUGUUUGGUGGAACAGCGGUCUCGAGAGGGAUGCAGGAGCUUUACUGGCACACAGUGUUGCACUUUUAUGAUUUUGUUUUGAAUAUGAGUGUAGUACUGCAGCUACAUGUCCUCAAAGCAAAUAAACUAAGAUUCCAGGAAGCCUUACAUUACACCCUUUGUUCUUAUAGGAAAAAAAAUGAACCGAUGGGGAUCCCUCAAGGUUUGUUUAUGUGAUGUUGACAUCAGUGAUGUCUUUCUGUAUAUUACUGAUUAUGGGGCAGUUAAAAGUACAAACUGUAUUUUUCCAGAUACUUUCUAGACUUUCUUUCCUUUCUUUUAUAGAAAGCUCUUGUCGAGCUGUUUGUGUGUAAAGUUUGUAUAGCUUUCUCAUCUUGUACAGUUCAUAUACUUGAUUACCUGAAAAGCAAAUAUAUUCAGAUCUGAAUCUUUCAUCAUUUACUUACUGUUUUUUUUAUGUUGCCAUGAAAAUGGACCUUAAAAUGUGCUCUCAAGUUAACAUUCCGUGAUGGGUUCAGCAACGUUUUUGUGGGGUUUUCUUUUAUAUAUAUACAUCUAUAUAUAUCUGCAUAUGUGCAUUGGGCAAAACUAUUUGGCCAUUUAUUUGUGCAUGGACUGCAAAUGACUCCAUGAAAUAUGUGGACGUGACUCGGUGCAAUAUCUCUCAUUGGUCCAGAAGUGCUGCAGAGGGGAAACUGUUCACUGUGCAAGAUGUUGACAUUGCUGCUCUGUACCCAGCUCAUGUGUGGUUGUUUAUUGGUCACCACUAGUCCCCCUGGCCAGAAGUACACUUGAGCGCACUAUUGCCUCAUGAGGCUAUGUACUCUGAAAACGCUGUUUCAAGAAGUUAGUUUGUUACUGUCUGGAUGUUUAUGAAAUGGUGUUGAUAUUUUGUAGUGCUUUAACCUGCAUUCACAAAUCCUUUGUGUUUAAUAUGCAGUUUGCUUCAAAGCUUUAGUCCCUCAAAUAAUGUUGACCUAUCAUCCUGUUUCCCACCAGUAAAAGGUUUUUUUCCUUUUUCAAAA